GGCCUCCACUCUGAUUUUUACACUUUACUUAACUAUCGAGGUCGGCUCACAAGUGACAGGCAGGUGUCGACCGUGUCGUGGACUUUCCACCUCCCCACCAUCUUUUCGUUCUCGAGGUGAUACCCAAAACAGCUGUCCACGAUCAGCCCACUGCCAGUCGAUCCGUGGCAAUAUACCCUCAAUCUUCCAGUCUCCAUAUACCUAUAGCAGAACACGCACAGACGGGAUCCCGUUCCUGCUACUCGACUACCGAAUCUUCACAUCUACUUUGUCUCGACGUUCGUCAACCAGCAUCUCCUAUCUUGUUUACGACUGAUCUUCAACGCCUCUGAGGAACCACUAAAGGGUCUCCCAUGUACCAAGCCUCAGGAUUGGGCAGUGGACCUUACCCAUCUGGGCGCGAACCGCCUCAAACUGCUGGUCGCUUCGAGCAGUCAGCUUAUGGUGGUAAGGACAGACAAUACGAUAGAGGAGGAUACGACUAUGAGAGAGAUAGAGACCUCAGAAGCUCGCCAGGGUUCUAUCCACGUCAGAGAUCGCCCGAAAGUAAGCAGUUGUUCUUCCCAUAUACCUCCAACUCCCAAAUCGAGCCUAUCAGAGUGUUCAAAUCGAGCCUAUCCGAGUGUCAAUUGCCGAGCUUGCCAUUUUCGGGGACUAAGACGUGCCGUAUGCUCGCAAGUACGGGAUGAGGUGUUGGACGGAUACCUAUGGGACCUGUGACGGAGAGUGGGAGACUAUCGUGCGCUCGAUCCCGACAUUUGAACUUCGAUUGAGGUCUUGUUUCUGGGUGUGGCAUACAAAUGAGUGAUUUGAGGGUCGGAAUGCGGUUCUCUGAAUGACUCUUCUGAUGAGUUCUUACCUCGGCGAUUGCUUCGCAUUACUACGCCUGCUCCACGAUACUCAGGCUCACCUUUGGAUUCAUCUCCUCACAAUAGUUCGGCGUCGCCAUCAAGACCGCGAUCCUCGCUCCAUUGAAGAAAGGAUCAACCAGGAGAGACCCUGCAGAACUCUGUUUGUCAGGUCGAUCCAUUUCGACUCCGACCCCGAGGACCUCCGCGAACAAUUUGAAGCCUACGGGCCAAUUCAGAACUUUUUCGAGAUGGUCAAGAAACGCGGAAUGAUAUUUGUCACUUUUUUUGACUCAAGAGCUGCUGAACGCGCCAGAGACGGAAUGCACGGUAUGAAAGUCAAUCGGCGACCGAUCGAUGUUCAUUACAGUCUGCCUCGACCUGAGGAGAUAGCCACAGCUUGCAGUGCGGACAAAAAUCAAGGAUCCAUACUCAUUGUCGCUCACCCUCCUCGCCCUCUCAACUUGAGCGAUGUACGGCGCAUGGCUGAGAGAUACGGGGAUAUCAAAGACGUGGAACGCGGACACAGGCCCUCAGAGGUCGUUGUGGAAUACUUUGACAGCCGUGGCGCAAUCCUCCUGCAACAACAGAUGAACCGUCAAGUGUUCAUGGGAAUCGAACUGGAACUUCGUCACAUCUGGGACAAAGUAGGCAACAACGUCCCUCCCCCUCCUGUCUCGGAAAGGGUACCACGGACAUCUCAUGCUCAUGAUCAUCAAGCCCGCGAGCCGCUGCGUAGAGACUCAUACCCGAGUGCCAGGAGUCGAGAAUACAGCAGAGAGAGGUCGCCGGGAAUUCGUGACAGUGACAGACGAGCUUCGUUCCCAUCUGGCUAUCAUACUUUCUCUGGGCCCGGGGGUCGUUCGCUCCCCGCUCCUGUUGCUGAAGACGCUCUGGAGAAAGCUCGCAAGAUGCAGGCGCUGAUUCAAAACCUUUCCAAUGUGCCUUCCGUUGCGUCUACAGCAGUAAACUCCACCUCCAGAUAUCAACCCGCGAUGGCCGCGCCCACCCAUCCUCCUUACCGCGCUAUGGGAGCAGCAGCAGGGUAUUCUACCUCGCCUUCUUCCUAUACCGCCGCCGCCACGCAGUCCUUCCCGCCUUAUCCUUCACCGUCUUCGGCGUCCACCACGACCAAUCUCUCGUAUCAGAACCAAAUGUUCAAAGCUCCCCCGGCCGCAUCUCCCUAUGGGCAAAGCCCCAGCACUUAUCCAUCGCCUCCGACCUCUUUCGCUCCACCAAGUUCGAAUGCUCCACCUCCGAGCUCUUACGUGCCAUCAUCAAACUCCCACGUAGCGCCUCCUGUGCUAAACAACACAUCGCCUGAUGGACCGACAGGUGUACAGGAUGUCAGCUCUCUUCUGGCUAUGUUGCAAAAUCAAGGGUAGUGAUCUUCCACAAGCGACAAAACCAUCAAUCGAGAGCCAAAUCCGCAUGCACCCAAG